AAACUCGGGACAUUUUCAGCAAUAAAUGUGAUCCUCGGGAAGACGGUCGGGGUAGGCAUUUAUUCGAUCCCCUCCUCCAUAUUCGAAUCCGUCGGCUCGGUCGGCGCCUCAAUCUUAUUAUGGAUCGUCGGGUCUCUGAUCUCGUUUUGCGGUUUGGCCGUAUAUCUGGAUCUUGGAACGGCCAUACCCCGCAGUGGCGGAGAACGUGUGUAUCUUGAGCGCAUUUUCAAGAAGCCUCGCAUGUUGGCGACAUGCAUGUUCAUGUCUUAUGUCGUGCUCUUGGGCUUUAGUACGCCGAAUUGCAUCGUGCUGGGCGAGUAUGUCAUGUACGCUCUGGAGAUCGAGGUCAACAGAUGGAAUGUCCGUUUGGUGGCUGUCAGUGUCAUCACACUGCUGUGUAUCAUCCACGCUCGGUAUAAGAAACUCGGCCUAAGAAUCAUCAACGUCUUAGGUGUUGGGAAGAUGCUUAUUCUGGUUGUUGUCAUCCUAUCUGGAGUUGCUGGCGCAUUAAUAGGUGUGGGCUCCUCCACAUCGCCUCUCACUCGACGACGACUUGGCGGUAUUCCCCUGGACGCCAUACCUGAUCACCAUCUCUCGACCGCACAAAGAAAUUUUUCGAACCUCUUCGCAGGAUCGAGUACCCAGCCAUACGACUACGCCACCGCUCUUCUGAAAAUUCUCUACUCCUUCAGAGGUUACAGCACAGCCAACCAAGUCCUCUCAGAGGUCCGGAAUCCAAUCCCGACUCUGAAGCUUGCUGCACCCAUCGCUCUCUCCCUCGUCUCACUAGGCUAUAUCCUAGCCAACAUCUCCUACUUCCUGGUUGUUUCGAAAGAAGAUUUCAGAUCCUCCGGUGUCGUGAUCGCAGGACAUUUCUUCAAGAACAUCUUCGGAGAAGUGAUCGGUGAGAAUGUGCUCCCGCUAUUCAUCAUCAUCUCAGCCUUCGGAAACAUCGCCGCUACCUCUUUUGCCCAAGCACGCGUCAACCAAGAACUUGGGAAAGACGGCUUACUCCCUUUCUCCAGCUGGUUCGCGAAGAAGAAUCAAUGGGAUUCUCCCACUCCCGGCCUGUUUCUCCACUGGUUGAUCUCGGUCAUCGUAAUCGUCGUUCCACCUCCAGGAGAAAUUUACAACUUCCUGGUUGAUAUUGGAGGAUAUCCUGUUUCCGUCAUCAGCGUCGCGAUCUCGCUUGGACUUUUGUACCUGCAAUCCAACCCAGAAGAGAACUGGCAAUCUCCGUUCCGCGCAAAGAAGAUCUACACCAUCGUCUUUGCUGCUUCGAAUUGUCUCCUUCUGGUCCUCCCAUGGGUAAAACCUAAGACAGAAAGAGGAGAUGGUCGCUUUGCAUACUACGCCUACCCUUCAACUGCUCUAGCUAUCCUUGGUAGUGGAGUCAUGUACUGGUGCUGGUGGGCCAAGAUCAAGCCCUCCUUG